CGCGCUAGCACAGGCACGCCCAACAGGCCUAAAAAGUCACAUACAACAAAUACAACAACCACGAAACUUCUUCCCUGCUUGUCGCAUAAUCUCAACUCAUGAAGCUUCACCAUUAAAUUCAAUUUCUCAACCUCUACAGCUCUUCCAAGAGCUUCGCCUCUAAGAUGCCAAAGAUUGUUAGCUUCACGCCGGAAUGGCUGUCUUCGCCCCCUGCUUCAGAGCUCUUCAAGCCAACUGCAACAGAUGGUCCACGCGAAUCUUUCAACUCGUCGAACGGCUUCUACUCGAGCAGCAAGAGAUCUACAAAGCCUGGACCUCGACGAACGAUUGCGCGACGAGGAACAGAGGUUUUCAUAGCUGUUGGAAAAGAGAUACGAUGGGCGGAUCUAAUAUACCUGAAGGAGACGCACGAGGACAAGAAAGCUGCUAGAGAUCAUGGCAGAAGUAGGAGAAGAGACAGCAGUGAUAGUGAGGAUGAGAUACAUCGCGCUGAAGGAUAUCGGACAAUCAAGACCCCGGUAGCAGAAGACAUUAGACAACUUGUGAUCUCACCCCACUCCAACUAUAUCGCCAUCUUAACGACUCACACUGUCCAUAUCGCACUGUUACCUGAGCCCGGGCAGCUUACAGCUAGGGAGAGUGGCCCGUUGAAGAUGAAGACAUAUACCCUCGGCCCUACCACACAUGUCACAUCACAAUCUGGAAUCGCCUCUGCCCUCUGGCAUCCUCUGGGCGUUAAUGGGACGUGCUUGGUGACGGUGACAGAAGACGCUAUCGUGCGAGUAUGGGAACUCUCGACGGCAGACCGAUGGUCCUUCGACAGGCCAACCUUAGCCAUCGAUUUGAAGAAGCUUGCAGAUGGGACCUCAGUCGACCAAGACUUUGGCGCUUCCGUUGCCGGUGCAAGCAAAGGAUUCUCUCCAGAUUCGUUCGAAAUGGAAGUAGCAUCAGCAUGCUUUGCCGGACGAGGUAGCGGAGGAUGGUCACCUAUGACUUUAUGGGUUGCUAUGAGAGAAGGGGACAUCUACGCACUAUGCCCUCUGUUACCAGAGAAGUGGUCACCACCACCAACUUUGAUCCCUUCACUAUCCAUCUCCAUCGUGGCAAACGUAGCUGCGAUGGAAGACGACCCGACCAUACCACAAAUGAGCAAGAUGUUAGCCCAACAACAGCUUGCUUGGAUGUCAGAAAUCGAUGCCCAGGAGCCCGUACAUGUUGAGGGUCCUCCAGGUGACCCGCCUGCGGAAGUUUAUACCAGACCAGCGAAGCCUGGAAGGGUACCAAAGCUCCAGGGGCCUUUUGAGAUCGACCUCGCUCCUGAAGAGUCGGAGGACAAAAAUGACGGACUGCUCAGCGACAUAUCUGUCAUUGGGGCUAAAAUUGAUGCCGAGGAAUUGAUGUUUGGCGAGGAGGAUGAUCUGGAGGACGACAACGAUCAUGAAGGCCUCUCCAUCGGAGUUGUGUGCUUUAUGACAACUAGUGGCCGACUAAGUAUUUGUCUAGAUCUUGAUGGUGUCGAGGCACAGUGGUUGCCAAAAACCAAAUCGAAAGCUUUGAGAUUGAUGGAAGAACCAGAACCACCAUCUCUCAUGACUUUUGAAGUUCUGGAUCUCUUGAGAGGCGAUGAACCAUGGGAUGGUAAUUGGCCAGUCUUCAGUUCCGACUUCAACAGCAGAUAUUCUUUCUUCGUGACGGACACCUCCAGUAUCACCUUCAUCUCUCUUCAGCCUUGGGUCUUCCGCUUGGAGCGAGAGUUGAAUGAGGCUUCAGCCGGUAGUGACUUCCGACUAGAUCUUCUGGCCAACGGGCAAAAUUCAACUCGAGAACGAUUCUACACCCACAAGUCGGAGAAUCAUUUAUCCCCUCUUGCUGCUUGCGAAGUCGUCCAGGAUCCAGAUCUUGGAUAUUUCCUGCUCUCUGCGACUCCAUACGGCCCAGUCGCUAUCGACUUUGAGGCAACUACUCCUGAUUCCGGUUUCGAAUUUCAACGCUCGGCAACCCGAUCUCCGACUUACGACCCAGAGCCUGACAAACCUUUAAUUUUGUGUGAACCACGACCGGCUUAUGAGCCACCAAAUGCGCUCGCGGAAAAUUCCAGCAUACCCGCAUUUCUUGAACAACUUGGACGUUCACGAUACGCUAGAUUAUUGAAGGAAGAGGUCCGAUUAUCGCCAGCCACUCUUCAAAUUAUGACAGAGGCACACAAAGUCUUGAGUGAGGAGACUCAUCGUGUGAGUGCAGCAGCAGCAGAGCUAUUUCGACGAUGUGAGCGUUUACAGAUAGACCUACAAAGUCAAAUCAAGAAGGCCAAUGAUGUCGCCGCUCGAGUGGAACAAGUCACCGGCGAUGACAACGAUGAAGGGCCUAUAGAGACUAUGAAUGAGCUUGUCGAAAAGCGUCUGAAGGAUGCUACCGAACGACAAACACGACUUUCUGAGCGGAUUGAGAGAAUGAAGCGAAAAGUGAUGAAGGGCUCGAGUAGAGAAUUGUCUGACAAGGAGAAGGCCUGGGUUGAGGAGACUGAAGUGCUGAGCAACAAGGUACUUGGCCAGGGCGAGGAGGAAGUAACAGGGACGAACGCGAAGGAGCCAUGGGCGCGAUUUGAGGAAGUCAAGGCGUUGAGUGAUGAGCUUAUGGAGCAGGUCGAGGGCGUCAAGAAGGACGAGGGCGUGAUCAAGUCACCGAACGUUAAGGUACCGUCUGAGAUUCGAAAAGCGAAGAUGACACAGAUUAUGGGGUUGCUUGAUAGAGAGACUGCACUCGUGGAAGCUGCUAAGAGCAGACUGGAGAGAUUGAGCUUGGCCUAGAUAUGGAGGUGGAAUGUAUGAAAUAAUGAAGAAUACCCGUCUGUCCGAACUGCUCUCGUCCUGGUUUAUAAGGGGAAUGUAUGCAUAGAUGAAGCUUUUUGCGC